AUGGCGGAGGGAGAAGUAUACCAAGAUAACCUUUUCAAGAUGGAACGUCCCUCGGACUCAGCUGUGAUUUUACCUAGCACUCCACAGGGCUGUGUCAAUCUACCAUCUCCCCAAACAAGUAGUUCAAGAAAGCAACCUAUGAGUGCAACACUUAGAGAACGAUUGAGGAAAACUAGAUUUUCAUUUAAUUCCUGUUACAGUGUGGUAAAACGUCUUAAAAUAGAGAAUGAUGAAAAUGGUCAGACCUCUCCAGAGAAACCAUCAUGUUCAACAGAAGAAAACUGUUUGGAAUUGCAAGAUAAUUUUAAGCAUAUAGACAGUGAAUUUGAAGAAAGUUCAUAUUUGAAAAAUACCAUCAAGAAUAUCAAUGCAUGUGGAUCUAAACCACUUGAUACUGGCUCUUGCAGUGAUCUCCAAAAUGACUUAGAUGAGAAUCUUCCCCAAAAAGGAUUAGAUGAAGAAAAGGCAAAAUUGGUGAAACAGAUUCAGGAGAAAGAAGACCUUCUUAGGAGGCUAAAACUAGUCAAAAUGUAUAGAUCAAAGAAUGACCUGACUAAGUUACAGUUGUUAAUAAAGAAGUGGAGAAGCUGUAGCCAACUAUUGCUUCAUGAGUUGCAGUCAGCUAUGUCUGAGGAGAACAAGAAACUCAGCCUUACUCAGUUGAUAGACUUCUUUGGGUUAGAUGAUAAAUUAUUAUACUACAACAGAAAUGAAGAAGAAUUUAUUGGUGUUUAA